UGAAAGAUUGUCGCAAGGAAGAAACGGAAAGAGUGUACAUUAAUUUAGGCCUCGUAGCAAUUGAGAACAAAAACUAUCAAAGCGCCGAAAAGUGGUUUAGGAAGGCUCUCCUCAAAGAUUCUGUUUCGAGAGAAGGUCUUUUCAACUUAGCAUUACUUUUAUCGGAGCAAUUCCGAGAAGCUGAAGCUAUAUAUUUUUUGGAUCAAUUGUUGCAGCAUUAUCCAGAUCACAUCAAAGGCCUGCUUCUACUUGCUGACAUCAAUGUAAAUUACUUGCGAAAUUUGGAUGCAGCAGAAGAGUGUUACCGUAAAGUCCUCAGACUGGACCCAAACAACCAGAAAGCAUCUCACAACAUAUGCGUAGUGCAUUUUGAGAGACAGCAAUUUGAAAUUGCAGAGAAGUGCUUUGCAGAAACACUUACCCAGCAUCCGAAUGUGUCCUACAUCAGAAAUCAUCUUGAGGUGGUGAGAAGCAUUAUAAGGCAGGGGCAAAGUACAAUGUUCGGACACCUUACAACGUCCCAUUCCCUCAGCUGACCAACGUGAUGAGGAAGUAUUUUCAAUAAGAGCUUGAGGAUUUAAGACUUCCUUGCAAAACUAAGGAAACUGUCCAUGUACAUGGCGGAACUGAAGUCAACGGAAUCAAGGUUACGAAAUACACCAGCUGAACCAUUGACAACGAAAGGGGUGUUUGGUGAGAAGGAAGGUGAAUAUUCAGCUUUGUUUUGAGUGGUCUCACUAUUUACUAGGAUGUCGAUCAGUUACCGAACUACUAAAGUCAAUGGAAUCUAUGAACUCAUUUGUGAGAUCGAACAAUUAUGUUCAGAUAUGUAAGCAAGCAUUUUGAAAUUCUGUUUCUCAAAACCGUCAAGUGAAACUGAAAUGCUACUUUCUUGGUACAACCCAUCGAGAGACGAAAGUUAAUCUUAUCCAUGGAGUGAAACUGUUGGAAAGUUAAACUAUAAUGAAAGUUCAUCAUAAUAAAUAAAAUUUAUUUACAAAUAUAAACUUUAAAAAAAUGCACCUUAAGCAUGAAGGCAUUUUUCUGGGAAAGUUAUGGAAUAGUGCGUACAUUUUCGACGUACGCUUUCAUAAUAUAUUCAUAACUAUGUAUGCCAAGAAAAGUUUUAAGACGCACUAUUACUUGUGCAUCUCCUUCGUAUAAAUAUAUGUAUGUAACUUAAAAUUUUAUAUUCUCCACCUUUAGUCGUUUUUAGUCCAGGAAUGUGUUUUUUUCCCACAGUAGCAUCACUAAUCACACCUCGUAGUAAUAACAUCCAAAAGAAAAUGUGUUUCUCCUGGUUUAAAUUAACAUCACCGAUUUUUUUUUUUUUUUUUUUUUUUUUUUUAAUUUCGGGCAUUCUUGACAUGUAUUGCUCACCAACCAUACUACAUUAAAAUGAAAUAAAAAUCACAUGUAUCAUUUUAUUUAUACUUCAGCCUAUUUUUGCAUUUUAUCCUAAGUACUCUUCGAAAAUUUUCUGAAAAUAGAGUAAAUGAACUCAUAAUUUUUCUCGAAGACCUGUUUAAGUUAUACUUCGUUGAUUUCAAUCAAUUCUUACUCAAAUAAUUGUAAAUUUUAUUCUUGCUAUGUAAGCACCAAUUGAAAGUGAUCAGAACCUUAAAAUCAUGUUCCUUGAAAUAUGCUGAGCAAAUUUUAUAAAAAUUAUAAAGACUAAUGAUUCUAUAAAUUUCAGUUACAUAGAAUAUAGCAAAGAAAAAAAAUUUCAAUAAUUUUUAAUGCAUUACUUAUGCUAAAAUGUAUUGUUACGUACAGAGAUAAAUUUCUCUUCUCUCCCAUAACAAUAUAAAAAUAUUCCGCGAUAAGCAAUAGACUAAACAUUUUGUAUUUUAUUCAUUCAAAACUUACUUCUCUGUUCAGCUUAUACAUUAAAUUGAUCAAUAUUGUUAUGCGCAGUUAUUGGCAUAUUCUUUUGAAAUACGCCAUGGAAGAGAAAUCUGUAAAUAAUUCAAAAGCUGUUUUAUAAAAGUCAGUUGUAAUGGAAUCCGGGUUUUACAUAAAUAAAUCGCACGACGGGGAAUUACUUUGACGGAUGGAUAAUGAUCACAAUAAUGAUCACUAUCGAAAACUGAUUCAUUACAUAAGAAACACCGCGUUUCAUGUCACAAAAGUGAGUGUUCAGUCUAUUAAACUACCAUUAUAUCUGUUAGCUACCUCUGCUGUGUGCUGAAAGAAACAUUUCCGGGAAUUUUCGUUUCCAGCAAUUCUGAUUAGUUGGUUAAAGAGAAAUCCUGCCUGACGCACAUCCUGUCCUUCCUCCUACGCGAGACAGAUCAUGCGCAGGCAAACAUUUUUCUCGAGCGUCACAAAGAGUCCCAGUUACGUAAUCAGUACACAAUGUCCAGCGUAACUGUUUCAGUCAGCAACUUUAACGUUUAUACUAGUGCUGAGGGAAAUUCGUCGCGCGUCUCUAGAUGUCAUAACACCAUUAUUUAACUAUUUGAUAUCGCUUUUAAUUCUACUAUUUGAUUGGUCGUUCUCUAUCGGUGAGAAUAAGAAGUAAAAAUUCAUUGCUUUAUGAAAAACUAUUCCCCUUCUUGUGAUUCAUUCUCAUGUAAAACGCAAAACAUGAUAUUCUUUAAAUGGCAAUCGUAUUGCAAGUGAAAGAUUCAGAUGCGAGAAGACUUAUCAGCAGGCAACAAAAGGACGAAAAGCAGAAACAAAAACUGUUGUAAUCAAUAUUUAUCUUUUCAACGUUUCCAGCAUUUUUCAUAAAAGGAUUCAGAUUUGCCCAAACUGUUGUGUAUUUAGAGAACUGUGCAAUGCGUUUAUCACUAACUUUUGUUAAAUUCCUUGUUUUUUUUUUUUUAAUUUUAAUUUAUAGUCAAAACCAUUGUAAUUUAUGGUAUGAUUUGUGUAAUUUAUGUUCAACCAUUGCAAUUUAUAUCCUAAAUAAUAUGAUUUUAUUGAUGGUUUCUCAGUAGAAUGUUUUAAUAAGGUUUAAGCUUCAAAGUGGAGAAAAUUUGCAAAUGUAUAUAUUUUGAUGAUUUUUGUUGAACUCUAUUGCACUGAAUUCGACAAUAAAAAAAAAAAUAAAAAAAAAAAAAAAAAAGGAUAUGAUUUUGAUUUCAUUGGUAGAAGGUGAAAAAUAUGCGUGAUCGAAGAUGAUCACGUACCAACGCCAUUGACCCAUAUUGAUUCAGAUUCUCACUUUGUAAUCACUGCUUCGCUCUAUUAAUAAAGCAAAUAUUAUUCUUUUCAAA